AGCACCACCCCCGCGACUCCGACUCCCCGGCCCCGCCGCAAGUGGGAGGUCUUCCCCGGGCGCAACCGGUUCUAUUGUGGCGGGCGCCUCAUGCUGGCGCGGCACAGCAGCGUCUUCCUUCUCACGGUCGGCCUCAUUGUGGUCACCAGCGGCCUCUUCUUCGCCUUCGACUGUCCAUUCCUGGCUCAUAACCUGACCAUGGCCAUUCCUAUCAUUGCUGGCAUCCUAUUCUUUUUUGUCAUCAGCUGUUUGCUACAAACCAGCUUCAGAGAUCCUGGUAUUUUGCCCAGGGCCACCCCCAGUGAAGCUGCAGAUCUGGAGAAAUGGAUUGACAACCUCGGCACUUCCACUUAUCGGCCACCUGCCCGAACCAUGGAAGUUGUAAUAAACAAGUAUAUGGUGAAAUUGAAAUAUUGCUACACAUGCAAAAUGUUCCGUCCUCCCAGGACUUCCCAUUGCAGUGUCUGUGACAAUUGUGUUGAACGAUUUGAUCAUCAUUGUCCCUGGGUAGGCAACUGUGUGGGGAAGCGGAACUAUCGAUUCUUCUAUGCCUUCAUUCUUUCUCUCUCCUUCCUAACAGCCUUCAUCUUUGCUUGUGUCAUCACCCAUCUUGCUCUGCGCUCCCAGGGAAAUGACUUCCUCACUGUUUUGAAAACAACACCAGCAAGUCUGUUGGAAUUGGUGAUUUGUUUUUUUUCAGUCUGGUCUAUUUUUGGCCUCUCAGGGUUUCACACUUACUUAAUUGCCUCCAAUUUGACAACCAAUGAGGAUCUCAAGGGGGCAUGGUCAAAUAAGAGAGGCUCUGAAUUUGCCAACCCUUAUAGCUAUAAAAGUGUCCUGACCAACUGCUGUGCAGUACUCUGUGGACCAUUUUAUCCCAGUUUAAUAGAUAGAAGAGGAUUUAUCCAGGCAGAUGCUGGGACUCCGUCCACUCCUAAGAGUGAAAUCCCUUCCUUUGGAACAAAAUCUGAUGCCAGCAUGUAUGUCCAGGGCACAAAAGAUCUUUUGAGGACCCUCUGCGCCUCGUGGCAAAACUCAAGGCGAACCCAAGAGACCCCUGUCAAAUAUCUGAAAAUUCAGCCGUUGCCACCACCUGUGCCUCUCAACCCUCCAGGGCUAUCUAAUUUUUAUAUUGCUGCAUCUCUUCCUUUGUCCCAGCAAAAAUAGGGAGAUGCUGCCGUGCACAAGGAAAAAGCUAUCCCAAGCCCUCAAGGCUGGAGUGGAGGUGCUCCUGCUGCCUGCGGGGUUUGAAGCUUAAAGCCAUACGAAUCAUCUGCUGUGAGUGCAAUUAGGGGAAUUUCUUUUGACUCCUGCAUUUCAGUGAUGUCCCAAGGCUUCAGAAUUCUUGGGAGAUUUAUAAGAGUUCUCUAGGUUGAUAUGUGGUACUGAUUCAAGACACCAAUCCCAGUCCAGUUCUAUGUCUAGAAUCAGUGUUUCCAAAGCACACUAUGCUUGCACCAGUGUUUUUAAAUAUGUUCUGACUUUAUACAUUUGGUCAAAGUUAGCAACUUUUCAAAUACAAUGGAAUGCACUAGAAUUGUGAGCCAGUAUCCAGGACUCUGUGUGUGUGUGUGUGUGUGUGUGUGCGCACGCGUGUGUUUGUGUGUAUGUACAUGUGUGGUUUGCAUGAUUCUAUAGAAACAUAGAAAAAAAUACAGAUAAUGGAUAUAGAACUUCCUGGGAAUGUGCAAAUUCUAAACAUUAUUAUCCUGAAGAUAAACUUGCAAGUGUCUAUGCAGUUUCUGCUGAAAUCUCAGAAGCAAGAAGGGAGAUGAACCCAGAUUUCCAAUGACUCAAGGUGAAGAUUUAGCACUCUAUUACUAUUUAUUCCUCACCAUCUCUACAAAAUGAGAAUUAUGCAACUUGAUAAACUCAUGUAAAAUAAGUCAACUUGCCUCAUUUAUAUUCUGCAAAGUCUAGAUCCAAAAUGUAUGUGUGGGUGUGCGUGCCGUGUGUUUCCUUCCUUAUUAAGCACAGUAUGAUUCACAGCUCUGCUACUUCAACUUUUGGGCCUGGCUGUUCUAAACUAUCAUGAGAGGAUAGUUUGGGCUGGAUCACAUCCGUUAUAUAGCCCCACCCUGCUGAAAUUGAGCUGCUACAGCCAGCAGGGCAAGAUUGUGCAGAGUCUGGAUUGAGAACUUUUUAAAAAAAAUCUAUACAGAUGAAAAGGGGGUAUGUAUACUCUGGGUGUAGUUAAUUUAGUGUUUAUACUGGUAACUAAACUUGGUUUUUAGGAGUGGUUUAGAUCUUUCUCUACCUUCUCUUCCACUUCCCUCCAAAUCUAUUGACAGCAGUAUUUUGUAGUAUUAUGUAACAGUUCCUGAAAUAAUUCUUUUCUUGCUUCACCUAAUGAGAUAAUUUCUAGGACGGACAAGAUGUGAAACAGAACAGGAGAUUAUGGGAAGGCUUAUUCCAGCCUUUCCAUUGGCCAUGCUGCUUGGGAAAUAGAGUUGAAAAUCCAACACCUUUAUGUAGGGCAAUCCCAAACUAAUUCCCUAACAGAACCAAACUUUUUUGACCCCUUUAACCUUAUUUUUCUGGGAUUUGAAAUCCAUUUAUGCCUUUCACUUUUGUAACAAUAAAACUUCUAUCUUAC